AUGCCACUGACCACACAGAUUUACAGCAAUUAUUUCUGUUUUUCAGAUGCAGCUCACUGUGAAAAGUGUCCGGAUGACCAACAUCCCAAUAAGAAACAAGAUCAAUGUGUCCCCAAGGCUAUAAGCUUCCUGUCCUAUGAAGAAAACUUAGGUCUCACUCUGGCUGUGUUUGCCUCUGUUUUGUCUCUAGCCACUGGCUUUGUUCUGAGAAUCUUCAUCAAAUACCGAGAAACUCCCAUAGUCAAAGCCAAUAACCGGGACCUCACCUACAUCCUACUGGUCUCCCUCCUGCUUUCCUUCUUGACUUCCCUGCUGUUCAUAGGUCGCCCCAAGAAAGUGACCUGCCUCCUCCGACAAGUCACCUUCAGUGUUGUUUUCUCAGUUGCCGUAUCCUGCUUGCUGGCCAAGACUGUCAUGGUGGUGGUGGCAUUUCUGGCCACAAAGCCAGGCAGCAGGAUGAGGAAAUGGCUGGGGAAGAGUCUGGCCAACUCCAUCAUCUUGUCCUGCUCUGGGGUUCAGGUGGGUAUCUGUAUCAUAUGGCUGGGAAUCUCUCCCCCAUUCCCAGAUUCUGACCUGCAUUCCCAACCAGGACACAUUGUUCUGCAAUGCAAUGAAGGCUCAGUCACCAUGUUCUACAUUGCCCUUGGCUACUUGGGCUUUCUGGCUGUCAUCUGCUUCUUGGUGGCUUUCAUAUCCCGCAAGCUGCCAGGGAGCUUCAAUGAAGCCAAGUGGAUCACCUUCAGCAUGCUAGUUUUCUGCAGCGUGUUGGCUAAUAAAGGAACUGAACUAUACUGGAUUGCCUCGCUGCUGUUCUUGGGCUGGACCUGA